AGCCUUGCCAUUGACCGCUGUGAAAUAUUUUCGAGUUUGCGACAAAGAAAACUGUCUUAGACAGAGUCAAAACUGAGCAUAUAAGACGAAACGAGUAGACGCGACCGCUCCAAAUCUAUUACCUUGUAGUUUAGUGGAGUCGAUAUGACAAUGUCAUCAUCAGUUGGUGUUUGGGUUUUGGUCUGCGCUAUAUCAAGUCACCUGUCAGUGGCUCAGGAUCUGGUAGCCGUGACUGUGUUAUAUAGGCAUGGUCAUCGAUCUAUUCUUGAUCCCUACCCUACGGAUCCCUACAGGAAUGAAAGUUUUUGGCCAGUUCCAUUUGGGGAACUAACAAAUAUCGGCAAAAACCAACAUUACGCCCUUGGUAAAUGGCUGCGGCAACGUUACACCUCCUUCCUGAGCAGGAAAUACAUGGCGAAGGAAAUUCACAUAAGAUCAUCCAACUACGAUCGAUGCUUAAUGUCAGCAGCCUCCAACUUAGCCGGUCUCUACCCACCGGAAGGAGACCAAAUCUGGAACCAAGCGCUCAACUGGCAACCCAUACCAAUCCACAGCCGUCCAAAAGCGAUGGACGGUAUGCUGGCCCUGGAGAAACCAUGCCCCGAAUACCAAAGGCUCCAGAAGGAACAACUCAACAGCAACUACCACCAGAAGAUCAUCGCAGCCAAUAGCAAACUCUACGUCUACUUGUCUGAGAAGACAGGGAUGAAGAUCAAGGACUUCAUAGGGGCGAACGAUAUCUACGAUACCCUCCUGGUCGAGAACCAAUCAAACUACACCCUUCCCGAGUGGACCCAGUCUGUGUUCCCAGAGAAACUGCGCCAGCAAGCCGUGAUUAGGUUCGAAUUUGACACCCACACCCCACAGUUGGCCAAGUUCGGGGUGGGGCAGGUUUUCGACAGGAUCUUGACCCAAUUCGAUUCCCGUGUGAAGAAUCUGACGUUCCCCAAGUUCCAGAUGCUGUCAGCGCACGACACUAACGUUUUCAACGUGCUGAACUCCCUCGGGAUACCCAAUUUGGAGAUGGUUCCUUACACUGGCAUGGUUAUUUUCGAGCUGAGGAGGAAUAGCUACGGGAAAUACUACGUGGACUUCUUGUACAAGAAGUCCGAUAGGGCGGAAUUGCUCACGAUCAAGGGCUGUGAAACCGACUGUGAUUACGAUAGAUUUAAGGCUAUUUUGAAACCGUUGUCCUCCAUUUGGAGGGAAGGAAUGCUCAAAGCUUAUAAAUGA